AGAGGCAAGUAGCCAAUUUGGCUAAGGUUGUGCAGAGACCUUCUGGGAGAGCCUAGGCGAGAACCCAGGGCUCCUUGGGCAGCUGACACUCAGAAUUACAUGAAGGCCCAACCCUAAGGUUAGGUAACCGGAAAAGCAGCACAUAUAUCCAGGGAGACAGGGUCAUUAUUCUCCACCGACUGGCCUGAGUGCGGGCCUCUCUUUUUGGGGUGUCAAGCUCGCCUACACAAGGAGAAAGCGGUUUUACUAGAGGCGGUAGGUGGGAGGGUCCCGGGGCGCGGUGCUAAACCCCGCCUGCAAAGCUUGGCGCUGGCCGCCAGCCAGGGCACCGCUCCCCAGCCCAGGCUGGCUCCGGGAGCAGCGGCUGGAAAACAACCUGGCUCCAGAAAGACAAUUAACAAAGGCUGGAGACCGGCCACCCCUUCGCAGCGCGCGCACGCACACAGCGGUGGGGACAGAGCCGCGCCCGCGGUGCCCACGGUGGGCUCGGCCGCCGGGAGCCGCGCCCCACCCGCCCAGGCUGCGCAGUGGCCGGAGUCACGCAGCUCCGUGCGUGAGCGCCGGCAGGCACCUUACGCGCGCGGCUUUAAACUAAGGGAUAACAAAAUGCUGUUACAGAGAGGUUUUGCAGCCUGCUUGGGGCUCUAGAUUGCCAUUAACCUAAGUGCAAAUUAAUGCUAAUAGCCCUCUGCCAUGGCCGAUCAUGGGGCAGCUGAGCCGUCCUCCAGGUCAGGGAGUCCAGACGAGGAAGGUCAGGUCUCUGAGGACCGAUCAUUGCUUCAUCAGAAACUGGCUGUGAAGGAGCUCAUGGACACCGAGGUCUCCUACUUGCACAUGCUCCGGCUCUGUGCCGACAUCAGGAGCCGCCUCCAGCAGCUGCCACAGGGAGAUCUAGAUGUCCUGUUCUCAAACAUUGAUGGUAUCAUCAAGGUGAAUAGCAGAUUUCUUAAUGAUUUGCGAGAGACAGCCUCCAAUGAAGAGGAACAAGUGUACCUAAUUGGUCGCUUAUUCCUGGAAUUCAAAGAAGAGUUGGAGGAAGUCUAUAAGGUCUACUGUGCCAACUAUGACCAGGCCUUGCUGCUGGUGGAGGCUUACCGGAAGGAGCCAGAGCUGCAGCAGGAGAUCCAGGGCAUCAUUGAGCUGGUGGUGCCACAAGCUGGAUCUUCAGGCCUCAGUUUCUUACUGGUAUACCCUCUACAGAGGAUUACCAAGUACCCAUUGCUGAUGCAGAAAAUCCUGGAGAACACACCCCCUGAUGCCAGUGCCUACCCUGUCCUUCAGAGGGCUACCUCUGCCCUCCAGGAUGUGAACGCCAACAUCAAUGAGUACAAGAUGCGCAAGGAAGUAGCCUCUAAGUACACCAAGGUGGAGCAACUGAGCCUCCGGGACCGACUGGCCCGCAUCAACACACACACCCUCUCCAAGAAGACCACCCGGCUGAGUCAGCUGCUGAAGCAGGAGGCAGGGCUAGUGCCCAGGACAGAAGACAAGGAAUUUGAUGAUUUAGAAGAGAGGUUCCAGUGGGUGUCUCUGUGUGUAACUGAACUGAAGAACAACAUGGCUGCUUACCUGGAUAAUCUGGAGGCUUUCCUCCGAUACAGGCCACAUGAAUACAAUCUGGACAUUCCCCAGGGACCUGUGGUGCAGUAUUGCAGCUUGGCAAGAGACCUUCAACUUGAGGCCUUCGUGAAGUUUAAGCAACGACUGGGAGGCCUGGUGUGGCAGCCACUGUGCAGCCUGUCCAAAGCCCUCAUCGGCCCUCAGAACCUAAUCAAGAAGCGUCUGGACAAACUCCUGGACUUUGAGCGGGUUGAAGAGAAACUACUAGAGGUCGGCAGUGUGACCUAUGAGGAGGAGGCCACCCGGCACAUGUACCAGGCACUCAACUCCCUGCUGGUGGCUGAGCUCCCACAGUUUAACCAGAUGGCCAUGCGGUGGCUGGGCCAGAUCCUGUGCACAUUCGUGGCCCUCCAGAGGGAUCUUGCAAAGCAAGUGCUGCAGAGGGCAGAGGGCAGCGUGGCCCAGCUGCCCCACCACCACUUCUCUGAGCCAGCCUUCGGGAAGCUGAUGGAGGACACACUAGGCCAGACCAGUAACCAGCUCCGCUCCUUUCAAGAGACCUUUGAGAGAGUGCCACCACCUCCCACAAUGCAACCACUCCUUCCAGGGUCUGAAUGCCAGGUGCAGGCUCUCCUGACCAAGUACGGCACUGGGAAGCUGUAUCAGGUGACAAGCAACAUCAGUGGGGCUGGGACUCUGGACCUGACACUACUGCGGGGCCAAAUCGUGGCCCUUCUUCAAAACAAGGACACCAAAGGCAACAGUGGCCGCUGGCUGGUGGACACUGGAGGACAUCGUGGAUAUGUACCAGCUGGGAAACUGCAGCCAUUCCAAGUGGUCCCCAGUGAGAACCUCAGAGGGCAGGUGGAGUCACACAAGAACUCACGACAUCUAACACCAGAGCCUGCCCAGGCCCCAGGGUCCUCUGUUCCCACUGUAACCCAGGUGGUAGCAGUGUACCCCUUUGUGGCCAGGAGCAGCCAUGAAGUGAGCCUGCAGGCAGGCCAGCCUGUGACCGUCCUAGAGGCCCAGGACAAGAAGGGGAACCCAGAAUGGAGCCUGGUGGAAGUGAACGGACGGAGGGGAUACGUGCCUUCUGGCUUCCUGGCCAGAGCCCCAAGCCCAGCUCCGUGGGGCUGGAGUCUGCCUUUGUAGGGUGCCCUCCUUGGAGCCUAUGUUGCCAAGGGAUAGGGAGUGCUCAGAGGUUGUGACCCUGGAAGGAAAAGAAGCAAAGAAAAGGUGGGGGUGGAAGGGAAGAUUGGGCCAGCGUGGGUGAAGGGCAUCCAGAAGGCAGCCAGAAGAGGCGGGUGAGACUAGCAGAGUGCUUGGUGUAGGUGGGCACAGAUGGCUCCAGCCAAAACUGCUCUUUAUGUCUACAUAAAGAAGUCAUUCCAACCCAGGUCACAACAACCUGGACUACAGGCCACUGCUAUGGCCAGUAUUACUGUGCCUCCAUCUGGGCCUGCCUGUGACAGUGGGCCACUAGGUGAAUGCUGGCUGUAUGUGGUGUGGCUGCAGGGAGCGGUGCGAGGAGGUCCAGACUGCCCGGCCUGGAGAGUUACUCCCUACACGCGGUAUCAGAAGAAGACCCUGGUGCUGACCAGGCAGCUUUCAAUUCUGCACACUGGGAGCUGAGCGGUGAACCACUGGCAGCCCUCUCCAGCAGGGAAGCCAGGCGUUUGUUAGUGCGCUGGAGAGGUUCCCAGCAGACUGUUGACUGGGCCUGGGAGUGGGUGUGACCAAGUCACAGUUCUGGAAUAUGUGUAGACAAAUCCAAAGGCUGUUCCAGGGAACAGGGGAUUUUGACAAGUGUAGGGUGUGUGAGGCUCUUGGCAGGAGUUGUACACCGCUGCUGUUCUCUCUGGACCAGGGACAAAGGCGUAUGCAAAUGAUAGAGGAAAUUGUGAAGUAGGUAACAAAAGGCCUGGCAGGUGGGGAGGUUAGGCAAUGGGUUGGUUUCCUGUUUCUGAAUAGAAGGAGAGGUAGGGGGCACCCCCAGUGAUUUCAGGGUGCCUCUGAGGGCCUGGAGGCAGUGGUGGGAGUGAUGCCAGUUCUCUGUGGGACCUUAGACAUAGGGCACAACCUCAGUUUUCCCAUCCAGAAAGGCCUAAGUCACAGGUUGUGGUGAGACUGACGUGGAGGCUCCUUGUAAACUGUGAAAUGUGCUGCAAAUGUAAAUGCUGUCGGUGUCCGAGGAUGGUCCCAGCCAUCAGCUGGCAGGACUGGCAAGCAGAAGCAUCACGUGGCCACCCCCCGACCAAGCCCAUGGCAGCACACAUUGUUUGUCAACAUGGCGUCCUUUCUUAUAACCCAGGGUCUACCUCGGGGUCCUCCUCAGCACUGCUUUCUAGGUAGCCAGUCUCUUACGCUCGGUAAGUGAAUCAUCCCUUUCCAGAACCUGGAAAUUGGAGCCCUUCAAAAACUGUUCCUGUUUUCCAGAAAGACUAACCCAAUGGGGCAGCCUUGGGUGCAGUUGCUGCUGGAGCCUCAUCUGUAGGCUGUUGCUUUGGACAGAGAGAAAUUGUAAAUUGUGAGUCUCACAGAAGGGGAAAUCAACCCAAGUUAGAGUGUAUAUAAAGCAGGUGGCAGUUUAGAUUUACUUCCAAGGUCAUCUCCAUACUAAUAAGUAUAGUGCCUAAAGCUGUGAGCUCUGGUUUUUGAAGAGUUCUUAAGAAGUACAGUUCUUAAGAAAUACAUGUCUGUGUCAGACGGUCUCUAAGUUGCCUCCUCUGGGCUUGUUAAAGCAUGAAGACUGCAUAAUGCAAGAGAAACUGCACCCACAAUCCCCUUCUCAGCACCAAAUUCAUUUCAUAGGAUGCUCUUGACUCAUUUCCUUUUUCUUUCCUGCUCAGAUUUCUGAUAAAAAUAAGCAUAGAGGAACACAUAAUAAAAUAGGAAAUCCACUUGUGGGUUCCACAGAUGCUUGCUGAGAGCCUAUCGUGCGCAGGAACUCUAGCUCAGGGGCUCUCAGCAUGGCUGCCCCCUGUACUUACUAGGGCAGCUUUUAACUAUGGCAGAAGCCAGGGUCCCUCCCUCCCAGAGAUUCUGAUGAAAUUGGUCUGGGAUCUGGCUCGGAUCUUAGAAAUUCAGAAAGUUCUCCAGGUUCUUUUGAAGUGUAGUGAGGGUGGUUGAGGACCUCUGCCCCAGACACACAGUGGUGGACAGAUAGGGCUGGGGUCAGAGAUGGCCAUGAACUCUCAGCUAGGAUGUGCCUAGCAGAGCUUUGCACUAGCUGUUUCAAACAGGCAGCUUCAGAGGCAGUUUGAAAUGGAACAGCCUAUUCUGUCAGGUCCCAGAAUGUAUAUUUAUUAAGUGCCAUUAAAAGGGACCUGAACAAAAUUGGAUGUCUUGUAGGCAUAAGGGAGGAAAAUGAAACAUGCUUGGAACCAAGUCUAUCUCAUAAGGGGAAAAUAAAAAUAUAUUCAGUAGCACGUGGGUUAUGGUUUCUCAUAGACCCAAGGAUAAGAUCAAAAGUCACUGAAGGGUGAGAAAAUGCAUAUCGGGAAGAUGGAGAAUGCCUGCAUUUUCUCCAGGGGACUCUGUAUAAUGUGCCUUUCCCCCCUCCAAAUGCCUAGAACCAUUGUACUGUGUGUUAUUUAUUUCACUGUUGGGCUGUCACAUACUAAACUUGCUAAGACAUUUGCUCAUGAACUUAAAAAGACUUCCAGGAGUUGAAGACUGAUUCACAAGGGUAUCCCUUGAUUCCUGUGAUGGAGUGAAACCUUUUUAACUCUUUGGGCUCCAACUCGGUUUUGGACAUGAGGACAAGAUUACAAUAUCAAAAGAAAAAUAAAUGAAUUCUUGGUUUAUAUGACAAGAGCUUGCUCAGUGAGUAACUGAUGUGAACUGCUGGGAAUAAAGGACUUGAAA